CGAGUAGGCGAUGUACGUCACUUGUUUUCCAGCACCAGGCAACCAAAAAAAACUUUCAAAAAAAACUUCCAUUUUGAAAAGUUGCAAGAAAAACAGUUUGUCUCACUAACUUUAAGCCAAAACCUCACGAAACAUGACCGCGCAUUGAUAGAAAAUUCCCCAAAACGUUUUAUAGUUGUUUUGCAGUGCCUAUUUAAGAAUAAUUCAGUUAGAAAAUGGAUCAGCACAAUCGUUCCGAAACCAAUCCGAAUCCGCAAAAUGUCCACUUGCACAUGCACCACGUGCACUGCAACUGCCCCGGGGCCAUUUACCCGACUUACUAUCCGGCCGCUACGGUGGGAUUUAGAGCCCCGUUGCCCCCUUUGGUGCCCUAUCACGCCCCACCAUCAGUUGCCAGGCCUUACGUGCAACAUUACCAGUACACUCAGUUUAACAUGAGCCCAUUCACUUUCCCAAUCGGAAGUGUAACUGGGUCCAGCACUUGCGUCCAAUACGGAACUACCACUUCGAGCCCUACCGAUUUGGUUUACGGUAGUGCUACGACUGUGAAGGAAAAACGUGAAGAAGGCAGCGGCGAUACCGACAGAAGUACCGUCACAGCGGACCCGGCCCCACCCGAAGGUUACGACGCUGGCCAAGUCACCCCAUUGGACAAAGAGUUGCUGGUCGCCGAACUCAACUCUGAAGAUUUCGUCAAGUUUUUGGAACGCCGCUGCGUCACCGCCGAACAAAUCGCUUACCGGAACCGCAUCAGACCGUGCUUCCGCAACAUCCAGAACUUGUGUAUCCGGACCAGAUCGGAAAUCCUCAAACCGGGCACGACCAUCUCCAACAUCCACUCGCAAGGUGUACCGUGGGCCACCAAAGACUUUAUCUACGCCUUUGUCCGGUUGAUCAACUGCUGGCACAUUAUGCGAGGCUACUGGGAAAACAGAGAUGUAUUUUCAGGUUGCGGCUUGGGCAAAAUCGAAAAGGAACUGUCUCCGGAGUUUCGGUCUUGCUAUCUCAUUUGGGAGAAGCAGACCAAGGAAAUGGCCAGUCACUUGUCCAAUAUUUUUUACAAUUUGGACACCAACUUGAAUGCUUCUAGCUCAGGAGCUACCGUUUAUAAUUUUAUACCGUCUCAGGUAAACUUAACCAAAAGCUCCUCCGAAGGAACCCUUACUAACCACCCACCCUUUGCCGACUCCUCAAUUCCGACCAACUCCUCAAAAACCACCGCCAAAGGCGUAAUCCAAUUGCCAACGCCAACAGAAACUGUCGACCAAGCAAAUCAAACCGUUUCAGACUACGACUAUUUCCCCGACGAUUUGGCCUUGUUCAAUCCGAAUCGCGUCUACAUGAAGCGCGGCAACUACAACUAUCCGAGAAAGGGUACUAAAGGUACCUCCACCGGCCCUUUGGGCAUCGAGUUUCUGGAAACCGCCCAGAACGUGCAAAACGGCAAAGAAGUUUGGGCCAACAUACAAUUGUCCGACACCAAGAAAAAGGAAGCGGAAAAAACUGAUAAGGAGUUGAACUUGUCCAGCUCGGCUCAAAUCAAUGUGCACGAGUGGCUGAUUAACAGCAACUUUGGAGAACCCAAAAGUCCGAAUACCCGCCAGCAAGAGCAGAAAUCUUACUACACGGACAGUCUUUUUGAUUCUCCGCCUGCGUUGGAUUUGGACGGUCCGCGUAGUGGGUCUGUGACUCUGUUGCAACGUUGCAAACCUACAGAAAAUGGCAGGAAACAACGUCGCGGGAUGGGAAACUCCAACCCUUACGAACUUCCAGGGGGCGGCAUAACAGAAACUGGACAGUACAUUUUGGAGUGUUUGAUCAAGAGCUUAAAGGUGCACGUCUUAGGAGUAAAUCUAGAGGGUGAUUUGGAAAAAAUCUUAAUAAAAAUUGUCAACGAGGAAUAUGUGCACAUCAACGAAGUUGUUAGAGAUCUGAAAUAUUUCACUAAGAUGUGGGAUAAGGUUGAUUGGCGUAAUUCCGGAUGGUACGCGCAAAAAGUGAAAUUAUUGCUGGCCGAGCACUUUUACGGUUACGAUUUCGAUCACAUCAAAGGUGAUCCAAAGGAGCCGGUGGGUCCUCUCAAACCCGACAUUUUUAGUGAUUGCGAUCAAUUUAUUUAGUUUUACUACUUACUUUAUUCUACAAAUUUGAUUUAAAAACAAUGUCACAAAAAAAUAUACCUAAAUAAUUUAAUUAUUUGAUAAGUUUGUCUUCAGUUUGUCUUGUUUUAGUAUCAAAGCAAAGAAGGAAAAUCAAACAAAAAUAAUGUUGAUUGUUGGUUUCAGUGUGUUUUUAGUUGCGUGUCUUUAAUGUUGUUUUAUAUUGAUAGUUUUAGUGCAUUUUUAAUUGUUGUUUUAUGUUAAUUAGUUGCGUUAUAGUUUUUAGUUGAUUGUUUGUCGUUUUAAUUCUUAUCUUGUUGCAUUUUGGAAAAUAAAAUUGUUUCUUGUGUUUUCA